AUGCAAAAGUGGAAAGAUGCCCACCUUGAAAGCUUUGCUCAGCCAGUCGAUGAUCAACCGCUUGUCCACUACACAUCAUCUAAGACCGGUAGUGAGCUUCCGCUUAUUACAAUUCAUAGUGCAUUUGAUCCUGCGUCUUUUCUUCUCCGGCUUGCCAGGGGACACGACUUGGACAUUUUUGGCCUCCAAGACAGAAAGAAUACAUCUGCACUGGUACCAGCAGAAAGAAGAAAGGCAUUGCAAAGCUCGGAAGAGCAACAAGAGGAGGUUGUUGAGCCCGAAAGCAACGGGGCUACGCUGUACAAGACAGCAAUGAAGGCUUCCAUGGUUAACCCAGGCCAAGUAUUGAUAAAAGAUUUGAGGACCCGAAAUGAUUUCAAAGACAAGAGAAUGCGGUACGUUGUCAGGCCCUCUCGAGCGUUGUACUCUAUCUCGCGUCAGAUUCUAACGACGUAUCAUUUGAAUUCAGACAAACGAAGAUCUGGAGGUGACAAGGUCUCUUCGGAGCUGACGGACGCAACACGGGCUCUCGCUUGCCUGCGCACCUUUACUCGCUGCAGUCUCACGGACAAACCAGAAUUGAUGGAGCUCUUCGACCAGUGGCUUAUCUACGCAGCGGAGAAGAUUGGAAACGAAUCAGAAAAACAGAAAGUCAUGAAAGCUCAACUUGUCGCUGCAAAGGAUGAGAUCAAGUCACAAGGGGUCAUUGUCUCAGGCCUGCUACGUGAGCGUCACAGUGUUCACAUAACACCCGAUGACUCAGCGUUGGUAUUAAGCUUGAGGGAGACCAUAGAAGAUAUGAAGAAAAGGGAAGCCAGCAUGAGCCGCCAAAAUGAAAGGCUCCGGACUAAGCUUGCAGACCGGAAAAGAACGAGCUAUAGUACCUUCCCAAGUUCACAAAAGUCUAUACAUAGCCAGGAUCAAAGUAGUUCAAAACACACUGCAUCAACACAUUCCCUAUCACCAUCAGACAGAUUCUCAUAUCAGUCCAUUCCCACCUCCUCGACCACAGUACAUUCGGAAAACGAAAGGAGUCAGGGUUACGAAUCGGAAUCGGAACAAAAACAUAAAUCCCGACAGGCCGCCAAGGAGCGUCUAUCGUAA